UUGGCAAAAUGACUGUUGUUGAACUGGCACCUCUCGGAGUCAGGUUCACCACGAAAGGUAACCCAGGUAGAUAUGUCAAUGCUUAUGUAUAGUGGGUGUAGUCACUUGGCACUUCCCUAUGUUGCUCAAUGAAGCCGAGGUUUUAGUACCAGACCUCUGCAUCCCAUCUUAUCUCAGGCAACAGUGGCUAGCCAACGUCUUUGUACAACUUCCUUUUUUAUGUGGGACUCGCUGCAGUCUUUCAUACCGGCUGGGCUUGAGGUGUUUUUUUUUCAUCAUAUUUGGGUCUAAAAGAGGACUGGGGGCGCCAGGUUAAUUCAUUUUCAGUGUUCACAGCAAUACUGAGCAACACAUCAAAAACUGGACCUAUCAAAGGAUGGACUAAAUGUAAAAUCUCUGAUCAAACCCUCCACUCCUUUUUAACACCUCCCGGUAGCAGACAUAAUGUCGCGUGGCAGACACUCCAUAUGGCGCCUCCUGUUGCCUUUCCGAAGCCGCCAGGAAAGAGUGGUUUUGACCCGAAGUGACAGCCUGCCAGGGGAACAGGUUCUAAAGAUCACUGUCACAGAGACUACUGUUAUUGAGGCGGAGUCAGGGGUGUGGAACUGGCGCUCAUUGACCUACCUUGGCCUCUGGUACUGCUUUAGCUUCUGCACCCUGUUCCUUAACAAGUACAUUUUGUCUCUACUAGAGGGGGAGCCCAGCAUGCUAGGUGCAGUUCAGAUGCUCUCCACUACUGUAAUAGGCUGCCUAAAGAUGUUUGUGCCCUGUUGCCUGUACCAGCACAAGUCCAGAACCGAGUAUCCCCCCAACUUCGUCAUGAUCAUGCUGUUUGUUGGACUCAUGAGGUUCACCACAGUGGUUUUGGGCUUGGUAAGCCUGAAGAACGUGGCAGUGUCUUUUUCAGAGACGGUGAAGAGUUCAGCACCCAUCUUCACUGUCAUCAUGUCCAGGCUGAUUCUCGGGGAGUACACAGGGCUGUGGGUGAACCUGGCCCUUUUCCCUGUCAUGGCUGGCCUGUCGCUCUGCACAGCCACAGAGAUAAGCUUCAACAUGCUUGGUUUUUCUGCCGCUCUAUCCACCAACAUCAUGGACUGUUUGCAGAAUGUGUUCUCUAAAAAGCUGCUCAGUGGUGACACAUACAGGUUCAGCCCUCCAGAACUGCAGUUCUAUACUAGUGCAGCAGCAGUUAUCAUGCUAAUACCGGCCUGGGUGUUCCUCUUGGACAUUCCAGUGAUUGGGAAGAGUGGGAAGAGUCUCAUCUUAAGUCACGACAUUAUCCUGUUGCUGCUUUUGGAUGGUUCCUUAUUCCACCUGCAGAGUGUCACUGCCUACGCUCUCAUGGGGCGGAUAUCACCUGUUACCUUUAGUGUUGCCAGUACUGUCAAACACGCCCUGUCGGUCUGGAUGAGCAUCAUUGUUUUUAGUAACCACAUCUCCAUCCUCAACGCUUUUGGCACCGUCCUCGUGUUCAUAGGGGUCUUCUUGUACAACAAGGCCAGGCAGAACCAGAGGAAAACUUUACAUUCCAUGGCUGCUGAGCAGAACCACAAGCCACUACUGCAGGGCCAGGACUUCAAAGCUAUUGUGUCUCGAUGAGGAAUCACAAUUUGAGACUUAAAAAAAAACUGUUUGACGGGACCAAAGAGUUGUUUGAGAAGUCGAGACAUUUGGUAUAUGGUGGAUCUUUUCCAUGCACAUCUCGCGGUGGAAGAGGAGUCGGUCUUCUUGUUUUUCAGGUUCAAAUAAGUGCCAGUGUAAGGUCUUCAUGCUGAGAGUAAACCUGAUAAAGUGGCUUUACAGAGGUCAUUAUCUGUUUGACUUCAUCGUUCUACCAGUGGGAUGAUCUACUCAAUACUUCUCUGUCCCUUAACCUGUCCAUAUGGGCUUCAGGUCCUGUUUACACCUGGUACUAACAUGUGUUGAUCUGAUUGCAGAAGCAUUGAGAUGUGAUCACUCUGGCCACAUUCUUGGGUGGUCUUGUACUAAAUUGUGCAUAAAAAUGCAGUUCCUCUAGUGUACUGUUGAGGCUUUCUCCAAAAGCCAAUGAAUUCCCUUUAGUCCCCACAUUAAAGUACCCAAAUCUACAGCAUUAUUCACUGUAAACAUACUGUACAUUCCUUGCCUUGUUGGGGCCUUUUUGGGGAUAUUUCAUCCAAAAAUCAUGCAAAUAUUGUGGCUUCUUCUUUGAUUUAGAACUGUUAACUGGCCUUUUGAGAAGACUGCACUUUUUUUUAUGUGAUUGAAAUUCUGUUUUGUUUUUGAUAUCCUGGCUCAAAGAAGCUGGUAGCAGAGUUAGCUAAGGACAGUAAUGAUGACAUGACCGAUUAUUUUGAGUUAGUCUCUGUUUUGUGCAGCCCCCCUCUCUCAUCAAUUUGAGCCAGUAGGUGGGCGAGGCCUCUAAGAUCCACAAACUCUCCUAGCCUCUUUAGUCUGAUGAGUAAACAAAUCAGCCAUCACCACUAAUAGACUCAAGUGUACACAAGCUUAUUUGCUAUUGGUUUAGACUUACUAUCUUUGUAAUGUCAUAAUAGCUACAUUCAUUUUUACAAAUGUCUUCUGGGCCACUUUCAAGGACUGUGUAUCCUUCUCCUUAUCCAGGGCAGCAUUCUUCAAACUGCAUGUGUAAGCAUUUAGAGAGUGGAAGGGAGAGUUGAUCAUUCAUGGAUGUAUUUGAAGACACAUGAUAAUGCACCAGCCAUUGUAGAGCAGCCCGCCUGGGACUGGAUCAACCAGAGUGCAUGAUAUUACCAGGACUAAACAGGCUCCUUAGGGCGCAGUCACACUGUCAUUCUUUAUCCUUUCAUGUUAUUUUAGAUCGGGUGAUGGGAACAAAGGGUAAGCUCAGGGUGUCCUUCACACUUUUGUAGGAAGAGACCUUAUGUCUUGCAUCUGCAUUUCAGAGUGUGCUGGCUUCUCAUUUUGGGUACAGCAGCUGUGGAGUGUACACAAGUUUAAAUAUCUAUAAAGCAUCGAUGCUGUUGUUUAAGUAUUGUGAUGGUGUUAACCUCACUGUAUUACAAUGCAUCGCAAAACUUGAUGACAUCUUAGUCUAAGAUGUGAAAAAAAGCCUUUAUUGAGGCUUCACUAGCCAAAAAAAUGGCAGCCAGACUGGCUGUUGACACUUUUAAAAAUGUGUUGAGCAUUUGUGAGUUACAUAAUGCAUUCUAGGAAUGCUCGUCCACAUGCCCAUCAUGUACUGUUGUUGGUGUUUGUUUUGCUUUAUGUACCUUCAUUUCACAUUAAAAACUUACUUUACUCCAA